ACUGAAUGAAGGCAGAUGCGUAAAAGAUGGCAGAAGAUUUUUUCAUUUAAUGUCUGGGGUAAAAUUGCAACUUUUUGGAACAAGGCUUUUCUUUCUAUUAUAGUCCUAUUGAUUGUUCUGUUUCUAGAUGCUGUGAGAGAAGUAAGGAAAUAUUCCUCUACUGCUGUCAUUGAAAAGAGCUCAUCCAGCAGACCUGGUGCCCAUGAACAUACACAGAUGAAACUUUUUAGGUCUCAAAGAAAUCUUUACAUUUCUGGAUUUUCAUUAUUUUUUUGGCUAGUAUUGAGACGUCUGGUUACCCUUAUUACUCAGCUGGCAAAUGAAAUGUCAAACAAAGGAGAACUUAAAAAUCAAGCAGAAAGUACUAACGAGGCUGCCAGAAAUUUCAUGAAAGAGAAUGAAAAGCUAAAACAGCUCUUGAAAAGCUAUAACAAGAAAGAGGAACACAUUUUGGAAGCAGAAAAUAAAAAACUGGUAGAAGACAAGGAAAAACUGAAAACUGAACUAAAGAAGACUUCAGAUGCCCUUUCAAAGGCACAAAAUGACAUAAUGGCAAUGAAGAUACAAGCAGAGAGUCUUUCAAAAGAAUAUGACCGGCUCCUAAAAGAACACUCAGAACUUCAGGAUCGUUUACCAAAAGACAACAAGAAAAGCCUGUGAACUGUCAGAAAGAAGAGCAUGGCACCCAUGUCAGGAUGAUAAAUUUGCUAUCAUGUUAGUCUUUCAGAAAUUUAAAAUUCAGUUCAGAAAAAUGUACUAUGACUGGCCAAUAUUUUUUAAAAUGCCAUACAUAAACUGUUAUAAUGGCAUUAUCACAAUAUUUGAUGAUGUUUCACAUAUAUUGUAAAGUCUAUAUUCUGGCUCUUAAGUAAAAUAUAAGCAUGUUAAAAACAUUUAGAUACUCAUAGUAACAGUGGUGUAUGGUGGCUGUUUACCAAUAGAAAGAAAAAUUCAUUAGCCAGUUACUUCCAAAAUUAGAUUUUUAAGUUGCGUGAAACCAUUAAUAGCCUUUAAAAGCUUUGAUGAGUUUCUACUAAUAAUAAUCUGUUUAAUCAGAUGAUGACAAUGAUUAUGUAUUUGAAUAUAGUAUCCAUUAUCAGCAAAUUUGUUCAUAGGAAGAUUAAAUAAGGAUAAAUGAUCAGAAUUUGCCACUAUAUUAAUAGGGAAGAGUCAGAGCAAAAAAUAAAAAUAGUGACCUUAAAGCCUGAUGACACAUACUAUGGUUUACUCUCAUAAGACAACUGUUUUAAUAAUUAUAUUUUUGUUACUGUGCUUCUACAUCUAUUGGACUGUUUUUGUCGACAUUUGUGUCAAUGACACGUAAUUAGUAAGUGGUCAAUCUUUUUAAAGUCCAUCUAGCAGUGGAGUUUACAUCUAUUUGCACAACUGUCACAGCACUGAACUAAAAAUAUUUUGCGACAAUUUGGAAUUCUUGACUCAGAGAGCAAGUAUUUCCCAUUGCUGUGAUAUUAUAUAGUUAUAAUACAAAUAUUACCUCCAGUAUACAUACACUGGUAUCAUAGUUCCUCUGAGAUGUUUAUGUAUUCUGAAAACUAAAUAUUAAAUACUAUUUUUCCAUUCAAAUAUUCAUUUAGUGUUUUCUUUAGAAAAUGAUAAUGAUUAUAGCAUUAAUAUGAUUUAGGUUGUUCCCAGUGUUUAGACAUGGAAAUUAUCUUCCUUGUCUCAUAAAAACCUAAAUAUAAAAGAAAAUGGAAAAUAAUUACUAGAGUUUUUAUUUUCUUCAUAUUUGUUUUAUCCUUUGUUGUUUAUUAUCCUUUUAGCAUCAACUUCACACAUAUUUAAUUUUUUCAUUGCAAAAUGGAUGAAAUAAGCAAGUAUGUAAGACUUUUUUUUUCAGAUAAAAGUCAAGAGUUACUGCUAGAAAACAGACACGUAGGAGACAUUUAACAGGAGUAAGAAAUGGGAGUUAGACCAUCUGGACUGACAGCACCAUAAAUAACAAGAGGGAGGGAGUGCUGAAACAAGACAGAACUCCAAGUAUCAACUGAAAAAUAUCCAAGUUAGAGCUACAUGGGUAAUACCUAGUGAGUGAGUGUGAUUUUGGCCUGCUAUACAGAAAUCAAAUCUAAUACAGAAUAACAUAGAGAAAAUUAGGAAAUACACACCUUUAGAAUUGGCAGAAUUUAAAUCUAAUCCCAGCCUCACAAUAAUUUAGCCAUGUGAUUUGAACAAAUUUUUUAACCCUCUAGACUUCCAUUUCCUCAUCUUCAAAAUGAGAGCAAUAACGUUUAGAUCAGGAUUACUCUGUAUACUAAGGUAAUACUGUGAUUCUCAAAGUUGUUCAGACUGUAUGGCAAAGAUAAAGUCUGGGUGCUCUUUGAAGAGCACGAGGAUUUAAAGAUUUCCCAAGAUCACUUUAAAGUGUACAUUUAAGUACUCCUCAAUCUCAGCCUUCAGUUUUACAGAUGGGCAAAAAAUAAACAUGUAUUCCGGAUUUGGUCA